AAAAUUGUAAUCAGUGAUAGUAAAUAGAAGAAAAAGAAAAAGAAUAAAGGUAUCAAUAGUUUCACUAAAAAAAUCCAAAGUGAAAGUACACAAAUACCCCUUCCAAGUUCCAAACCGUUAAAUCAUCAAUUCCAACGGCCUACUAUCAAUUAUUAUUUUUGAAAAAGAAAAAAAGAAUAAUAAUAAUAAUAAUACAUAAUUCAUUUUCCACGAUUCUCUUCUCAACCCACUCACUCACUGUGCACUACCACUUGUUCUAUUUUAGAUCUGAAUUUUCUCGGCAUCCAAACAAACAAAAUAGUCUUUGAUCUCUUCAUUACACUCAAAAUCAGAAAACAAUGGAGUCUCUCAUCUCUCAAUUCACCCUUCUCUCAGAUCAUGCUCUUAACGACAAGAACUUCGACCCAUCCACCAUCGAAGACCUAAUGAAGCUCUUCGAGGUCGAAGCUUACAGAUCCUGGGCCGCCUUGGAGCUCGAAAGCCACAACGAAGCGGAGGAAGCCGAGAUCGCCUUGGAAGAAGCAGAGGAACAGCUCGAAUCGGCCAUGGAAGCCGCCAUGAACGAGUUCAGAAGAUUCGAGCAAGAAAUGGAGAGAAUGGCGGAGGAGGAGCUUAACAGCUUGGAAGCCAAAGCCGAAGGAGCCAGAAAGAUGGGUACGUUGAUGGAGAAGGCCGCUACCAUCGCUUCCAAGAGGUAUAUGGAGGCGGCUCUCAACUCGGCUACGGCUUCCAUGAAAUCGGCUUGGAAGGGAAUCUCUUCCAACAAAGUUCAUCCUUCCUGAAUUCAGUGAAUUGAUCUACCCGAGCCGAGCCGAGCCGUGAUAAUGUGUAACUGUAUGUACGCUAUGAAUAUAAAUCGAGAAAAUUAUCAAUAAUAAGACUAAUUUUUGGAUUAAA